AUGUCACGAAGAGCUGUGUUGAUGUCGUUGAGCGCAGGCGUGACAGAGGGUGACUUUCAGUCGGGUGUUGAAGCUUCUGUCAUUGACGACCAAACGAACGACCAACCUCUUCCGCCAACCGCUACCGCAUCUCAACCCACAGCCAGGGUGAAGCAUGCCUCAUCGUCUAAGCCAUCCCCGCGAGAUCUGAGGCGUAAGGUGUAUUGGUACACACACCUCGAUCCAAAUAACAGAAAUCGGGCGCGGUCGAAUAACGUGAGGGAUACAAACGGAGUGCAGAGAGGUGCUCAUGAGCAACGCACUCAUUCUAACAGGCUGAGUGAGAACACAAGGAGCAACCUGCAAGGCCGUACCUCGCAUGCUCAAGUCAUUCCCAGUUCUCAAUAUCUUCCAGCGCCAACUAUACAGAUCUACAACGUCCACUACCAUUCCGAGGUAACGCCAUACCACGUUGGUCUUGAGCCAUACGCACCUGGCCACUUCCCACGAGUUGUUCCCAACCAGUUGCAAAAUUCGAGACCAAUACCCUAUCCUAGCGCUCGGCUGAUCGUCGCGCAUGGCGUUCAUGAACAAGCCGUAGGCUCGCAGGGCCGACCACAAUCGCAAAUACAAGCACAGCAACAGGCCCUCGAAACAGCUUCCGCUGCAACACAGCAACAGGGCUUUAAUUUCAGUGCACGACCAAUUGCUAGCUCCGGUCAUAGCAACUUCCCUCAUGUGGGUGUCGCCAUUACACCUCCCUCGAGCGCCAACGCCGAGCCGAGACCGAUCACGCGAACGCAAACUUUGCCAGCUCGGACGACCUUGGAGCCCAGCAGAUCUCGUUGA